AUGAGAGGACUCGACUUACAAGCCGCCAUUGACCAAGAGAAAAUUUCCCAAGCAUACUUGGCAGAUCUCGUUUACAUGUACUCAAAUCAAAUUGGUAUAUUGCGAGCAGCGCUCGCUAACAGAGGAAUAACUCUACAAGAAUUGACUAUAGCCAUGGCACAAGUACAAGUCGAAUAUGUCCGGCGCCAGAAACUUGAGCAUAAAAUACAGCGGCAACUUCGGGUCAAUUCGAUUAUUGCCCAAUGCGAAAAGGAGGCUACCAGUGCCGCUAAGGCGCUCACGAAAUCUCCAGACAAGUCAAUCGAAAAAGUACUAUCUAGCUUGUACAAGAAGGAGUCGCGGAUGCUCAAGAAGUUAAAGCAGAUCUCUUGA